AUGUUUCUGCCGCACUCUCUCUCUCUCUCUCUCUCUCUCUCUCUCUCUGCAUGGUCUCCUUACACCCACCAAUCUAUUCUUUCAAUUACGUCGCUUUUUUUAUUCUUCGUUUAUUCGAUCGAGUCUUUUCUUUCUUUUUCUUUCUUUCUUUCUUUCUUUCUUUCUUUCUUUCAUUUUUUACAGAUUUUUCUGCUUUUAUUUUACUUCUUUUCUCUUUGCCUCGUUUGCACUUCAUUGAUUGUAGUCAUUCACCUAAAACGUAAUUUCUAUUCAACUUUUCUUCUUUCUUUAUUUCUUUCGUUUCCUUUUUCCUCUUUGUAUUUUAAUUUUUUCUUUCCGUUUUUUUUUUCUUUUAUUUUUGUCGUUUUUUAUCCCGACAGUCAUCCUUUCCAUUGUUACUUUUUAUCUUUUUUUCCUCCUUAUCUUCUUUCGUCGUUUUCUCUUCUUUUUCAUCUUAUUUAUCUUCAUUUAUUAAUUUAUUGCACGUCCUUCAUUAUUUCACACUUUCUUUUCUUCUUUGCAUUUCAUUUCAUUUCUUUUUUUUUCUUUUAUUCUUUGUAUCUUAAACACUUUAUAUUUUUCUUUUCUUUAUUUUCCUUUGUUUGUUGUUUUGUUCUUUUGUUAAUCUAUUUUUUAUUCUUAUCUUUUUUUUUCUUUUUCCUCUUUUUCGUCGUUUACUUUCAUUUCUUUCUCUUCUUUUUCUGCCUUUCGUUUAUUCUUCUGUUUUCUUUCUUUCUUUCUUCAUUUCAUUUCUAUCUUUAUUUUGUUUCUUCUUCAUUCUGUUUCUUUCUUCAUUUUUCUUUUUCCUUUUUAACUUUUCCUUCUUUUCCUUUUUUUUUUAACACCCUUUCUUCUGUAUCUAUCUCUCUUAAUUUUCAUAUCUAUCUAUCUAUCGUAAGCUUCACAUCUAUCGAUCUAUCUAUAUGUUCAUAUAAAUAUAUCUAUGUCUAUACACACACAAAUCUCUCUCUCUCUCUCUCUCUCUCUCUCUCUCUCUCUCCAAUGUGUAUAUUCGCAGAAAAAAAGGCUAAAGGAUUUCAAUCGAAAUCCUAUCUAUCUAUCUAUCUAUCUAUCUAUCUAUCUAUCUAUCUAUCGCAAUCUGUACAUAUCUAUCUCAAUCUCGCGGAAAAACGUGCAAUCAAUUUUACACUUUCUCUCGUGUCUAUCAUAUUUUCCUUGGUCUAG